CACAAUUCCAUAUAACGUUAGUGUUUAGACUAGGUUCGAUUGAAUAGUUCGAGUGAGAGGGAUUUGGUAUAGAAACUGACUUUAUUGUGAUUUUAAAUGGACAGAAAAGCUUUUGUUUGGGUAACAUUGUAUCCAUCAACGGCAUGCUGUGGCUAAAGUUAUAAUACAGCUAGCAGGUGGAACUGUCAGACCUAUUGUAUGGGUAUAGAUAGUGAUGGCCAUGCACAUUAGCGCACAUGGUUUUCAAUAGGGGCUUUCACGUGACAUUGCAACGCCAUAAGCUACGGUAGAGAGGACACUUCAUGACAAGUGCAUCGUAUUUGAGGGGGUCUUUUCUUUGUACAUUUUUUGGUUUAUCAGACUAAAUGGAAUAAUUGUAGGAAAUAGCAUCCAUAUGAUUUUUUAUUUCUAUUAUUUCUUGUUAUUUAUUAUUCAAUGCCUAUCCUAUAGUUUGGAUGAAGUGGAUAAAGACACUAGACAGAAGGGGUUUGUUAAAUCAUUUCAAAUUAUAUUGGUACACAUACACAUAUUUAGCAGAUGCCAUUGCGGGUGGGGAAAAAUGCUUGUGUUCCUAGCUCCAACAGUGUAGUAGUAUCUAACAGUUCAGUAUCUAACAGCUAUCUAACAUUAUGAUGGCCUUGAGAUGAAAGGUGUUUUUCAGUCUCUCUGUCUCAGCUUUGAUGCACCUGUACUGACCUUGCCUUCUGGAUGAUAGCGGGGUGAACAGGCCGUGACUCAGGUGGUUGAUGUCCUUGAUGAUCUUUUUGUCCUUCCUGUGACAUCAGGUGCUGUAGGUGUCCUGGAUGGCAGUUAGUUUGCCCCUGGUGAAGCGUUGGGCAGACCGCACCACCCUCUGGAGAGCCCUGCGUUUGAAGGAGCUGAUCUGUGUUGGACCAGAGAAUGUGGAAAGUUGUGUGGGCAACACUCCUGCUCCUGGCCACUGUGUGUGCCCAGAGAGGCUAUGCCAAGGAGACCAAGGGAGCGCCGAAGGUGGGGCACGUGUCAGUGGUCAUAGUGGGAGGUACAGGUGACUUGGCUAAGAAGUACCUGUGGCAGGGCUUCUUCCAUCUGUACGCUAACCAGGUGAGUAGCGGCUACAGCUUCUCCUUUUAUGGCGGAGGCCUGUUACCCAAGGAUAAGGCCACGCCGUUCCUGUUUGAGGCGCUAAAGGGAGUGGUCUGCCCUCGGGAGCUGUCUGUGGAGCGCUGUGCCCUGGUGAAGGAGCAGUUUCUGAAGCUGGCAGAGUAUUGGCAGCUGAAGACUUCAGAGGACUACCAGGCCCUGGGCAAACACCUGACAGAGCAGCUGACGCAGGAGGGCAUAGUGGAGGCCGGCAGGCUGUUCUACCUGUCAGUGCCAGCCUUCGCUUAUGCGGACAUUGCAGAAAGGAUCAACAACAGCUGCAGACCGACCGACGGGGCGUGGUUGAGGGUGGUGCUGGAGAAGCCGUUUGGCCAUGAUUUCAGUAGUGCCCAACUACUGUCCACUCAACUGGGUACCUCCCUCAAGGAUGAGGAGAUGUACAGGAUCGACCACUAUUUAGGGAAGCAGGUUGUCUCUAAGAUUUUGCCAUUCAGAAGGGAGAACAGUAAGCACCUGGAUCCUAUCUGGAACAAGCACCACAUUGAGAGAGUGGAGAUUGUACUGAAGGAGACCCUGGAUGCCAGAGGUCGUAUUCCCUUCUAUGACCAGUACGGUGUGAUCAGAGACGUGAUACAGAACCACCUGACUGAGGUCAUGACCCUUCUAACCAUGGGGCUCCCAGCCAACUUGAGCGACGUGAAGGAGGUCCUCAGGAACAAGCUGAAGAUCUUCAGUGCCUUGCAGCACCUGGACAGGAACUGUGCUACCAUUGGUCAGUACCAGAACUACAAUCUAGAGGUACAGGAAGAACUGAACAAAACAAAGGAGUAUUACAGCCUCACCCCCACCUUUGCUGGUAUCAUGGUGCAUAUUGACAUAGCCCAGUACGAGAAAAUGCCAAUCAUCUUGACCUCAGGGAAGAUGCUGGAUGAGCGCUUAGGCUAUGCUCGCAUUUUGUUCAAGAAUGACAUCUUCUGUGUCCAGAGCCAUAACAGCGUCCACUGCAAGCCUAAGCAGAUUGUGUUCUACUUUGGCCAUGGCACUCUGCAGUACCCAGCCAUUCUUGUGAGUAAGAACCUGUUCAAGCCAGACCUGAUGGACACUGAGUGGAAGGAGAUAACGGAACACAAAGAUGUCAGUGUAUUAGGUAUGCCCAUCUCUGACUACUAUGUGCUGACACCAACGGUGCAGAGAGAGGCUUACGCAGAACUAAUUUCGCACAUCUUCCAAGGCCGGAAGGACAGCUUUAUCAGUACUGAGAACCUGCUGGCCUCCUGGGGUUUCUGGACUCCUCUCCUGCACGGUCUGGCCAAAACCUCCCCCCGCCUGUACCCUGGGGGAGCGGACAAUGGCAACAUGCUGGACUUCAAACUGUUGGGACGGGAGGUGACCUUCGCCAACGAGGCUGUUGUCAUGAUCCCCCAAGACCACAUGGGCGGGUCUGGUGCGGAGAGCUUCCAAGUGAUGCAGGGGAAGUACCGCAGUGCUGAAAUGGUGUCUGCCUGGCCCGAGGAGCUCAUUGUGCGGCUGGCCGCAGACCUGCAGGCUUCAGCGGAGAAAGCGGUAAGGGAGGGCGGCCGCUUCCACCUGGCCCUCUCCGGGGGCUCCAGUCCCCUAGCUCUGUUCCAGAGGCUGGCCCGCCACCACUACUCCUUCCCCUGGAGGGACACCCACGUUUGGAUGGUGGACGAGCGAUGCGUGCCUCUCACAGAGUUGGACUCCAACUUCCGCACCCUGCACGACCACCUGCUCCAACACGUGAAGAUGCCCUAUUUCAACAUCCACCCCAUGCCUGUGCAGAUGAACCAGCGGCUGUGUGUGGAGGAGGAUAGUGGAGCGCUGCUCUAUGAGAGAGACAUCAACCAGAUGGUUAAUGCCUCCAGCUUCCACUUUGUCCUUCUAGGAGUGGGCUACGACGGACAUACCGCCUCCCUCUUCCCAGGCAGCAAGCUUGACGCCCAUGGGGACAGUCUGGUAGCCCUCACCGAGAGCCCAGCCAAGCCUCACCAGCGUAUGAGCCUCACCCUCAGGGCUAUCAACCAGGCCCAGAAAGUAGGUGUGCUGGUGAUGGGUAAGAGCAAACAUGAGCUGGUCACCCAGCUCAGCCGAGUUAAGGACAACCCAAACAAGUGGCCCAUCACUGGUAUCCGGCCGACCAGUGGCAGGCUAGUAUGGUACAUAGACUAUGAUGCUCUUUUAGGAUAGCAAACAGCUGCUUUUGGCUCUGUGAUACUGUAGCAAUGAAACAAUGUACAUUUAAUUGGAAAUUAAUGAUUUGCUGUAAUUUUACUAUUUUGCUGUAUUUUGACCAAGAAUGUAAAGUAAUGAUGAAGGUUCUGUUGAUUCUGGGCACCUUAAAGUAUGGAAGUACAUAUGGUAUACUGGCAUAUAUUUUAUUUUUCAAUAUACAGGAUGUAGGGGUGUGUGUGUGUGUGUGUGUGUGUUUACCAAAUGGACAUCUCAGGAAAGCCAAGUGGAUAUGGAAGUUUGUUCGUCUUUAAUCAUUACUCAUGAUCUGAAUAACUAUUAUAUUUGGUUGUAAAAACAGUAUACAUUUCACAUAAAGCUACCCAUUCCAGACUGAACCAGCAUAGAAUAGUAUUGUUGAAAGGGGACUUUAAAACUGUGAAAGACCAACAAUUUUGGUUCAAAUUUCAUUCAAUCAAAUAUGCCCCUAUGGUAAAUGGAUUUGAACCUUUUGCUCCUAUGGUCGACAGAUAAUGUAGUCUAUAGCCAUGUAUCAUUGUAUUUGCCAAUUUGAAAUAAAAAUGCAUAAUGUACUGUCCAGUACAUUUAAAUGGCAUAAAAAAGCAUAUUAUGAUCCAUUGCUGCCUUUGUUUUAAUCUAUGCUUGUGGAUAAAAAAUAAAAUAACUCAAUUAUCUAAUGUAUUAUUUGAUAUCUAUGUGAAAUGUACAAUUUCCACAGCCUUUGACCCCUAAUGUGUGUAUUCUCCCCUAUGAGCCAGCCCAGUAGUUCCUAAUACUUCCUCUUUUAAAGACAUGCUCCGGUACUUUGGUGACUUAGAAAUGCUUUUUUUAAACCUCUCGCUUUGGGCUGUAUGUGUCAAUCUGUAGAUAGCCACAAAAUCCCUAGUUUGAAAGUGAUUGUUUUCUUGUGCAGUGCUAUUUUCCCUACAUUUCCCCCUCUUGGGCCAGCCCCGUAGCAAUUUGAGUCCUAGCCAAUGAGCUUCAGCCCCUCACAUUUGAGUGACAGCUAGCAAGAGGCCUGGCCGGCAUUAUCCAAUGAGGUUGCAGGGUGGGCCCAACUUCUCAGUGGACACAGCAGAGAACGAGAGAAUGAGCAAUGAUGUGGUGCACAUGUGUUAUGUUGUAUGCAAUUUCCGGGGACUACUUUUGGCUCAUGAGUGCUACUUUCAGAACUACUGGCUAAAAUGUAUCAGAGAAUCUCUUAAUGUGAGUGAAAUGGUGCUUACAAAAUGUCGUACAAGUACAGUGAAAUGCUUAACUACGUUGUGACCUUCCAAAACAAAAGUAAUUUUUUUGAUACUGUGAGUCUAUUCCUUUGAGACAUCCUUCACUGGCAUUCACACAGAUCUGCUCACUGCACAACAUUUGAUUUGAAAGUGUGUAACUAACUUGAGUUCAUAGAUGUUUUAUUUGUGGAUUGAAUUAGGAGUUCCUCUUACGUAAAGGGCCUUUUUUUAGGAUAUCGAAAUGGAUUUCAAAAUGGGUUGAUGAAGUUUAGUUCAACCGCUUCACUGCGUUGCCUUAAUUCAUUUUACGGACAGGUGUAUGUUAAUAUAUAUGUAUUAGCUGAAGGUUAUUUUGCCUGGGAAAAAUAUGUAAUUAGGUUUCACUUUGAUGUUUGCACAUACAAAUGUUAUAACACCUGAUUAUUCUGAUUGCUGUAAGUGAAAGUGUGGUUUGUUCCUUAUCACUCUGAGGUUCAAACAGUCUAUGAAUAAAUUAUUUACAAUUGUUUAUUUUUAUAAAUAUGGGGACCUAAACACCAUUUUUCUACAUACUGUACACACAUGGAAUUAAUGUAACAGUUAAUCACUGUUUUACCACAAGGAAAUAAACUACAGCUUUCACAA